AUAUCCACAUGUAACAAAUUCUUCAAAAAUUGAUCUAUCUGACGACAAAUUAUCAAAUGCUUACUUUAAAUUCAUGUCUGAUGUCGCAAUAUUCCUGGGGGCUGAUAAAAACCAAACCAAAGAGCUUAAAUUAUCAUUAGAAUUCGGGCAUGAUAUUUAUAAAUAUUAUCACAACAAAAGCCAUUUUAUAGAUAAUAAUAAGCCGGUGGAGAUGUCAGUGAAAGAAAUGAUAGAGAAAUGGCCCAGUAUAGACUGGAUAAAAUCUUUAAGUUCUGACACAAAGCCGUACUAUUAUUUUACAAAUGAAACAAAUGUUCAUAUAGAAUUUCCAAAUUUUAUCACUCACUUUGAGAAAUUAUUAAAUAAAACGCCUAAAAGGGUUCAAGCCAAUUUCUUGAUUUGGAAUUUGAUCCAGAUUGCGAUUUCGUACAUAAAUUCUAAAACGCUUUGGGACCAUAGUCAAACUUAUAACAAAAUUAGAUAUUCUAUCCCAACUAAUAUUCACCCAUUUCAUUGCAAGAAACUUGUUAAACUUCUAUUAAAUCCUCUUCUGCAGGCUUAUUAUAUUCGAGAGUAUCCAGUUGAUGAGCGUACUAAAAGUGAGGUUUAUGCGAUUUAUUCGAAUGUAAAGAAUAAAUUGAUUGAAAUUAUAAAUUCUUCACAAUGGCUCGAUAACAAAUCUAAAAUUGAAACUAUCGAUAAAAUAGCCUCUAUUAAAACAGUUAUUGGUUAUCCAGAUGAAUUAUUGAAUAAUGAUGAAUUAAAAAAUUACUUUGAGGGUCUUGAGAUUACUCGGGAUAAUUUUUUAAAAAAUUUUCUCAAUGCGAAUUUGUUCAAUAAAAAAAUAAUAAGCGUUCGAUCAUUCAAACAAGUAAGUUCUGUUAAACCUGGUAUUGAUUUAUUUACAUUCAUGUAUGAUGACUCCAACAACGCUGAAUAUGAUCGAUUCAAUAAUUUCAUGUUUCAGUUGAAUUACUCAGGAAUAACUUUUUUGAUGUUGACUUUUUCAAUUACUUGAAUUAUGGAGUAAUCGGUGAAAUCAUCGGUCAUGAAUUAAGUCAUGCCGUAGAUAGCGGAAGUAGAUCUUUGGAAAAGAUUGGGUUAAAAUAUAAAUGGAGUAAUUCAUCGAAUGAUGAAUAUCAAAAGCAGGAGACUUGUACGAUCAAUCAAUAU